CUCUGGAACACAAACGAUUUACUUACGUUAAUCUGCGCACAAAAUAUUUAAAAUAUUUCCUGUGUAUGGAGACUCUAUUUCCACAAUGCUUGAGUUCUACAUAUACUUAAUUUGUUUUGGAUUAGUUAUCAUAUUUGAUGAUAAAAAAUAACCUUCAUAUUACAUUUUGUCUACUUUUAUCUCACUUGACUUAUCAUAAAAAUGUUGCUGGUUUUGUUGAUGAUAACAUACAAGUUCAUCUUCCGACUGAGGGCUCAGACAUAAUAGUUUCAGAAGGAGAACAGGUUAUACUACCAUGCAAGACAAUUUUCUUUCUGAUUCGUUGAUAUCCUGGUAUAAAGAUGAUAACAAAAUUGCGGAAAACUUGACCUAUUCCUUUCGUCUACGGUUCGCUACACGUGAAGAUGCUGGAUAUUAUCACUGUAUUGUAAAAACUGCUUACGGUGGAGUCCGUAGUCGAAAAAUCAAAUUGGAGGUUGGCUAUCUUGAUCCUCCAUCUGAUGUGAAAUUACGUUCAUUCAUUGAAGUAACCUUGGGACAAGCUAUAGUAAUCUGGCCGGGUUCUGUGCAAACUGAACAACAAAAGCAAUCAUUUCCUACGGAUGGAGGGAGAGAACCAUGGAAACCGCCACUGAAUUCAAUAAAUGAAACACGUAAAACAACACUUUCUACAUAUUAUCUACAAGCGGUACCGUUUCCACAAGCUAUAUGGACAAUAAAUAACGCACCGCUGCCUAAUACACUGAAUAUUUUUGUAAGUCAGCUAGAACAAGCAAUAGUACUGCUCAAUAUUGAUCGAGAAAUGGACUCUAAGGUGAUAAGGGCCCGGUUAGUUAAUGGCUAUGGGAAUGCUAAUGACGGGGUAUUCAGUCAAACACACAUUAUUCAAGUCAAAGAUCCACCAGUAAAUAUGGCUAUGCAUUCACUAGAUCUUGUUUUACCACCGAAAGAUGCUUCGCUUGUUUUAAAAGAUGAUCACCCAGGAAUGGCUAUCUUUGAAUGUGUGUUCAAUGCAAGUACAGCAGUGUCCUUGAUUUUGAGUAAUUUGCAAACUGCAAAAUAUGAAAAUAAUAACUCAGAAAAGGUAUGUUAUGCAUUACAUACGCAAGUCUGUUUCAGUCUUUAUUUAUAUUUGCAUCUGAGUACUUGCGAUAAAUACAAUACAGUAGCUCUCAGGUUUCAUCUUUUAUUAAAGGUUAGGAUGGGUGGUACAUUCCCAGUUGAUGUAUUUUUGUAG